GCCGAGUCAAGAAUCUGGAGUUGAUGUCGCUCUUUCGCCUGCGACAGCCGUUCUCCCACGCCGCAGCCGUGUCGGCGGCUCAGCACCGCGCCCGAUUGCUUCCAAGGGUUGAUGGGGGGGGGCAUCUGGAGCGUUAAUACGAUGGCGGCCAGGCUCCGCAAAAGGGAGGUGGUGGGCUUCAUUUCAUGCAUUCACUCGCCGUGAAGAAGGCUGAAACAGCGCGCACGGCCCCUUUAAAUAGAACGCCCGCUCCCAUUGGCCAGCUCGUCUUCUUCAUAUUGUUUCGAAGGCUUGGGGCAACGAGGUUGCUCUGGGAGAAAAUCCCGGCUUUGUCCCCGGCGGUGCUGCAUCACCUGGGCUGUCUGCUGUUUCCUCCAUUCCGCAAACUCAACUCGACAUCAUCGACUCACGAGCGCUUCACACAUCGCCGGUAUCGCCGACCUCACCUCUACGUCAGACUCGUGCGUGCCAUCAUCGCAAGCAGUCGUCGUCUCUCCACCGACCUGCUAGCGGCCCUCUGCCCUGGCCCCAGCAACAAACCUGCAAACCUGCGUCCACCAGCCACUGCCACUGCAGCCAGCACAUCAAUCACCCCUCUCGGGUCGAAAUCUUCUGCCACGAUCCUUCUCCACGUCCACAGCCAUUGCCGCCUCUAGUGCAUGGCAGCUUUUCACUGCUCCAUCGCCGCGCACCCAAUUCCGCAUAUCAAUUCGCAUUAAACCUCGCUUUCGAGGCGACGCGCCAGCCGCAGAAGCGGUCGCUCCCCAGCUAUGCCCGCAACCGCCUAUGGCAACUUCCACGACCUCUGUCGCGACACUGGCAAUCUUGGGUCUACCUUACCAGGUGCGCAUUCGUCCCCGUCCUCCGUAACCCUUCUCAAUGACAUGUCUCGCUGACUCUCCACAG